ACUUGCGCAGAAAAUUGAAGAGAAAAAAAAAAUAGACAAAUUGAAAAAAAAAGAGAGAGACGAAGGUUUAUUCAGCUUCGUUAAUGGCGGUUAGGGUUUUCUAUUGAUUUCCUUCUAGAAAGAACCUUAAUCUCUCCCGCGUAAUUUUUUUCAAGAGCCCGCGCUUUUUCUCUCUUAUCGUUUACCAAAAAAAACCCUAAUUCAAGGUUUUUCCCCAAUCUAUCUCAAUUUCAACCUCGUUUUUUCCCCCAAUUUUUACGACUUCUCGUGGUUAUUUGGGGAUUCGUAAAGUUCUGAAAUAGGAGAGCGAGAAGCUACGAUGGGCGCUCAAGAGAAAUCGCAAGGGAACUCCAAUUCGAUGCAGCGAGUAAAGGUCUAUCGUUUGAAUGAGGAUGGUAAAUGGGAUGAUCAAGGAACUGGGCAUGUCACUGUUGAUUAUUUGGAGAGAUCAGAAGAGCUGGCUUUAUUUGUUUUUGAUGAAGAAGACAACGAGACAUUGCUUUUACACCGCAUCAGCCCUGAUGACAUUUACAGAAAGCAAGAAGAUACAAUCAUAUCAUGGAGAGACUCAGAAUAUUCUACAGAAUUGGCACUUAGUUUUCAGGAGAACACGGGAUGCUCUUACAUAUGGGACCACAUUUGCAAUGUGCAAAGAAAUAUGCAUUUCAGUUCUCUUAACAACGAGAUAUUUCACACAAUGAAUAGUGAGUUGAGGGAGUUGCCAGCCGUGGAGCUUUCCACUCUUCCCAUAAUCCUGAAGACUGUGACUGAGAGUGGCAUUGCCGAUCAGAUGCGGCUGACGGAACUUAUAUUGAAUGAUCAAGAUUUCUUCCAGAAGCUGAUGGAGCUAUUCAGAAUCUGUGAAGACUUGGAAAAUAUAGAUGGUCUUCACAUGAUAUUCAAAAUAAUUAAGGGGAUAAUUUUGCUUAAUAGUCCUCAAGUUUUCGAGAAAAUAUUUGGGGAUGAAUUAAUCAUGGAUAUUAUCGGUUCUCUUGAAUAUGAUGCUGAUGUUCCUCAGGUGCAACACUACCGGCUUUUUCUGAAAGAACAUGUUGUUUUUAAGGAGGCUAUUCCAAUUAAAAAUCCCCUCGCCCUGUCAAAGAUACACCAGACAUACAGAGUUGGUUAUUUGAAGGAUGUUGUUUUGGCAAGGGUAUUAGAUGAGGCCACAGCUGCCAGUCUCAAUUCUAUAAUUCAUUCAAACAAUUCUAUUGUUAUUUCUAUAUUGAAGGAUGAUAGCACCUUCAUUCAGGAAUUGUUUGCUAGGUUGAGAUCACCCACCACAUCUGCUGAAUCAAAGAAAAAUUUGGUAUAUUUCCUGCACGAAUUUUGUAGUUUAAGCAAGAGCCUUCAAGUGGUGCAGCAGCUUCGACUAUUUAGGGAUCUUAUCAAUGAAGGUAUUUUUGAUAUCAUCACUGAUGUUCUGCAGAGUCCAGAUAAAAAGCUUGUACUAACUGGGACAGACAUUCUCAUACUGUUCUUGAAUCAGGAUGCAAACCUUCUGCGGUCUUAUGUUGUUCGCCAGGAAGGAAUUCCACUUUUUGGACUUUUGGUUAAAGGGAUGGUAACAGAUUUUGGGGAGGAUAUGCACUGCCAGUUUCUUGAAAUUCUUCGUAGUUUACUGGAUUCAUUCACAUUAUCAGGAGCUCAGAGAGAUUCAAUUACUGAUAUUUUUUAUGAGAAGCAUUUGGGCGAGCUAAUUGAUGUCAUAAUAUUAUCAUGUCCUUCUGAUGAGGCUGACCAGUCAACCAGUAACUUGGCAAGAAAUGCCGGAAAAGUUGAAAGUCAAAAUAGCGCAAAGCCUGAAAUUCUCUCAAGCAUAUGCGAAUUGCUGUGCUUCUGUGUUUUGCACCAUCCUUAUAGAAUAAAGUGUAAUUUUAUCCUUAACAAUGUUAUAGAAAAAGUUUUGUUAUUGACUCGGAGAAGGGAAAAGUACUUAGUAGUUGCUGCAGUUCGCUUUGUUCGCACCAUUCUCACUAGUCAUGAUGAACAUCUGAUAAAUCAUAUUGUUAAGAACAACCUUCUUAAACCAGUUAUAGGUGCUUUCGUUGCUAAUGGAAAUCGAUACAAUGUGCUGAACUCUGCCAUUUUAGAGCUUUUUGAAUAUAUCCGCAAGGAAAACAUGAAAUUAUUGGUUAAGUAUAUUGUUGAUUCGUUUUGGAAUCAGUUGGUUAAGUUUGAGAAUUUGGCUUCUAUUCACUCAUUGAAAAUUAAAUAUGAGCAGUGCUUGGAGAAUUGUGGAACUAAAAUGGAUGUUAAUGCACCAGACCCAAGAAAACGAAUUGAUGAGCGUGCUUUGGAGAAAGAGGAGGAAGAUUAUUUCAACGAGGACAGUGAUGAAGAUGAUACAACCUCGGCAUCUCAUCCUAGGAAAGUUCAGCCUCAGCCUGUUUCAUCCAAUGGAGUUGAGGCCAACCGCUCAUCAUUAAGCCCGAGAUCUGGUGGACUGGUUGACUAUGAGGACGAUGAAGAUGAUGAAGACUAUAAGCCACCGCCUCCGAGGAAGCAGACUGAAACCUCGGAGGAAGAUGAGGGAAUGUUGGAGUCCAUUAGGUCAAAGCGGAAGCUGAAUCCCAAGGAAAAGGAGCAUGAGCUAUCCAAGAAGCAACGUUUGGGGAAAAGCGCUAAAUCGAGAGAGAGUGUAUUUGCAGCUUUAUGUUCAACGUUAAGCCAAGCAGUCUUGCCUAGUAAGAAAACCGCAAACACCAUACAUUUAUCCACUCGAUCAGCUGAGGGAAACGAAGGCUCAGGUGAGGAAAAUCAUCUAGAGAAGGAAUCUAGUAGUCCGGACGACAAUAGUUCAGAAGAGGACAACCAUAGAGACAAAGGAUCUCCUAGAAACUGUUCAGACAACAGACAAUUGACUGGAGAAGACUCCCCGUUGAUACCGCCAAAAUCAUCACCCGAAAUGGCUGUAAAUGGAUCAUGAGCUAUACAGAUCCCAUAAUAAUGGUUUGUUUUUAUUCAAGGAUGUGCUUAGUGAUUAAACCAGCCUUGGGCCAACCAAAGAGAAAAAAAAGUGAACUUGGAUUCCGAGAAAGCAGAUGAGUUGUCGGAGGAGGACGAUCGUGUAUAGUGCUACCACCCGGGAAAGACUCCAAAAAAAAUACUCGAAAUCAUGCCCAAUUAAGUCUACAAUGCCUUUUCUGAUGCUGUGAAGCUGCCUUCAACUGUUUGCAUUUGUGAAGACAUUACCCAUUUUAUCCAUUUUCUUUUCUUCUUUGAAUCUAUCCACGUGGUAUUUAGAAAAAGCCUUUAUGAUGAAAAAAACUGAUAGAAUAGGGGUAGUAAUAUUUUGCCCCAUUGUUGUUCAGUUUUGUGGUGGGUGUGUGGCUGACUGUGUUAUACUUUAGGAUGAUGGGUUAGGGACGGUCCAAAUUUUCUUUAAUUGUAGUUUUAAAACCUCAUUAUUUAUAGAGCAUUUGUAAAUUAUUAUAACCGUUUUUUUGUUUUACUGUUGAAAAUAGGGUAUUUCUUUUUCUUUAUUAAAAUCAUAAAAGAGUCCAAAUUUGUUACCAA